AUGUUGGUUUAUAUUUUAGACAGAAACCCGUUACUUCAAACUACAACACCGAAAGUUCCAAGCAACUGGUGGCAAUACAAUUAUCCUUAUGAUGUUAUUCAGCUAAUACGAUCACAAAGUCAGUUACAAGAAAACAAUUUAAUAGAUAGUUAUACUGAAAAUCCCAACGGCGGAAUUAGGGGAUGUCUUGACCCGAAAAUUGGUUUUUUCGAAGAACCAAUUAGAAACUGUUCAGUAUAUUUUCGUAAAGAAAGGCGUCUUGAUGGACUGUGUAAUGAUUUUAAGAAUGUUGAGAUAGGAAGUCGUAAUUAUCGUUUUGGAAGAAAUGUGCUUCUUAAUGUAACAGUACAAGAUGAUUGCAACUUAUACAACCCAAAUCCACGUGACAUAAGCCGUACAUUGAUGCAGAGAAAAGAAUUUAUUCCUGCCACUAGUAUCAACAUUCUUAUUGCUGGAUGGGUGCAGUUCAUGAUCCAUGAUUGGUUUGGUAGUGGACCAAAUGAUAAAAGCAGACAUUUUGAGGUACCAGUGAAAGAUGAUGAUCCAGAUUUCACCACUGUAAUUAAAAUUAACAGAACUCGACCAGAUAACUGUACACGUUUACCAGGAGUUACUACUAAAAUUUGCAAAAACUUUCCUCGAGAUUAUGAAUUUUGCAAAGAUGCAAAAGACUACGAAACGCAUCAAAAUAUUAAUACGCACUGGUGGGAUGCUUCUCAGUUAUAUGGAGUUGAUUUUACUCUAAACAACCGUAUUCGCAGUAAAAUGGACGGGAAAUUAAAACUGACCGCUGAUAACCGUCUUCCGAUAGAUUCACAUAAUGGAUUGCCAGUUACAGGACUAUCAAUAGACUGGUGGGUGGGACUUGGUAUGUUUCAUAUUAUUUGGACCCGGGAACACAAUUAUGUAUGUGAUAUGCUUAAACAACGUAAUCCAACAUGGGACGAUGAAAAGUUGUACCACACAGCUAGACUUAUAGUCGGAGGAGUCAUUGCAAAAAUUCAUACACUUGAAUGGACCCCAGCUAUCUUACAAAACAAACUCGUUUCCCUUGGUUUAAGAAGUAACUGGUAUGGAGUAUCAUUAAUGGAAUUUGCUAAGGGCAAUUCAACAUUAGCAAAAAUGCUGACAGAUAUAAUGCCAACCUUAGCGAAUGGUAUACCUGGUUCUGUGGGAAAGCCCAAGAAUAUGAGAGAUGUACCAUAUUCGAUUACGCAAGAUUUUAUUGCCGUAUACCGUCUUCAUCCUUUAAUGCCAGACACAUUCCAGAUUAGAAAUCAUCUCACAGGAGCUACUGAAAACUCAUAUCAAAUGCAGAAUGUUGUAUUUGAAAAAACUGAGAAAGUAUUCCAAGAAAACUCCAUGGAAAACCUGUUUUAUUCAUUUGGUAAUGAUCAUCCCGGAGCAAUGACCCUCCAUAAUUAUCCAAACUUCUUAAGAAAUUUAACGCUCCCGCCGACGCAUCCACACGGAGCUGGGCGUAUAGAUUUGGCUACAAUUGAUAUCUUACGUGAUAGAGAAAGAGGUGUACCAAGGUACAAUGAAUUUAGAAGACAGUUACAUUUAACACCAAUUACUUCAUUCGAAGACCUGACCACAAAUACUGCACACGUCAAAGAACUACGUCAGAUUUACAACGAUGAUGUGGAAAAAAUUGACCUUCUGAUAGGAUCGCUUGCAGAGUCGCCGCUACCUGAAGGUUUUGGUUUCAGCGACACUUUCUUUAGAAUAUUUCUUGUUAUGGCUAGAAGAAGACUUGAAGCUGAUAGAUUUUUUACGGAUGAUUACACUCCUGAAUUUUACACCCAAUGGGGUCUUGAUUAUAUUGAUAGAACCUAUCUAAAGGACAUAUUACUGAGGCAUUAUCCUACCCUCAGCUCUCAGCUACAACCAAAUGUCACAAACGUCUUCAUUCCAUGGAAAAGUCAAACAAAACUAGACAAAAAAUUUCCCUAUCCUGACUGGUAGACAGAAGCCAAUAGACCAGAUAAUAAACGCACAUGUGUAAAUAAAGUAAAUUGCAUUGCUA